AUGUUGAAGAUAUUACUGAACCCUCGUGCCAUAAGAGGAGUGACUUGGUCGCAAAUAAGGUGGCAGAGCCAGGCCACUGAAUUUAAUGAGCUUCAUUCAGUUUUAAUUAAAAGAAUCGAGAAGUACGUUGCUGAACUACGAGAACUUGAGAAUGAUAUAUCAACCGGAAAUACUUUUGAUACUCAUAAAAUGAAGAAGUUUUCAAGACUAUCUGCUAUUUCUGAAGCUUAUUCUUCGUAUUCAACGAAUGUUUCCGCUUACCAUGAAUUACAAAAUAUAAUAGAACAAGAUCCCAGCCUAAAAGAAGAAGCCCAGCAGGAAAUAGAGAGUCUGGUACCGACUAUUAAUAAGACAUCCAAUUCUUUGAUAAAGAAACUGCUUCCUCCGCAUCCUUUUGCAGAAAAACCAUGUAUUAUGGAGCUAAGACCGGGCGUCGGUGGAAUAGAAGCAAUGAUAUUUGCUCAAGAUUUGCUUAACAUGUACAUCAACUACGCCCAAUUCCACAGAUGGAAGUGGAGCAUCACCUCUAAGACCAAGAACUCAAGCGGUUCGGGUAUUGUUGAGGCUAUACUUUGUAUUGAAGAAUCUGGCGCUUAUGACAAACUGAAAUACGAAGCUGGUGUACAUCGUGUACAAAGAAUUCCAGCAACAGAAUCAAAGGGCAGGACACAUACUUCUACCGCUGCAGUCGUGGUUUUACCUUACAUGGGAGAAGAAGUAGAAUCUGAUGCUUACGAAAGGUCUUUUAAACCGGACGAUAUCAGAAUCGAUGUGAUGCGCGCGAGUGGAAAAGGUGGGCAGCACGUUAAUACCACAGACUCUGCUGUGAGAUUAACCCACUAUCCUUCCGGGAUCGUAAUCUAUAUGCAAGAAGAGCGUUCUCAGCACAGGAAUAAGGCCAAGGCCUUCCAAAUUUUACGCGCAAAGCUAGCUGAGAUCGAGAGGAAGGAGAAAGAAGAGCGUGAGAGGAACGCGAGAAAAGACCAAGUCUCAUCCACAAAUAGGUCUGAUAAAAUUAGAACUUACAACUACCCCCAAAACAGAGUCACAGAUCAUCGUUGUAACUUUUCCAUGCAUGAUCUUACUGCUAUAAUGGCUGGUGAGAGAUUAGAUGACUUAAUUAAGGCAAUGGAGGCCUAUGACAGCGAAGUCCGUGCUACUAAUUUACUGAACGAUGUCAGCAACGAUUCAUAA